AUGGCGGCGUUCGAGUCGCACGAUUACGACCCGAUCGAUAACGAUCUCGAGGAGGACGCGCUGCGGGGACGCACGCGAGAAGACUAUAAACGCGAGCGAGCGUGGAAGUGGGCGACGAGCGUGAUGAUCGGUGCGGUGAUGGGAAUCGUGGCGUUCGUGAUCGAUGGAUUGGUGGAUAAGCUGAAUUUGUUUCGGUACGGGGUGAUCGGAGAUAAGGUUGGGACGGACGGAUACGCGCGGUUCGUCGCGUGGUUGCUGCACGCGGUGGUGAGCUGCGCGUUCGCGGCUGUCGCGGGAGGGCUGGUGUCGUACGUGGAACCGCUCGCCGCGGGAUCGGGGAUCCCGGAGUUGAAGACAUACUUGAACGGCGUCCACCUCAAGGGGCUUUUGCGGUUGAAGACGGUGGUGGCGAAGCUGGGGGGGAUUUCGUUUAGCAUCGGCGCGGGAUUAAUCGCGGGCAAGGAGGGACCGUUCGUGCACGGAGGUGGGUUAGUCGGGGGUGGGUUGAGCGCGUUCGGGUCAAACACGCUCGGCUUCAAAUUGAAAUAUCCCGCGUGGUUCCGAGAUGAUCGACAUAAACGGGACUUUGUCGCCAUCGGCACCGCCACAGGCGUGGCGGUGGCGUUCGCCGCGCCCAUCGGCGGCAUGUUGUUCACCGUGGAGGAGGGUGCGAGUUUUUACAACUCGGACAUGUUAUGGCGCGGGUUUUUAGCGACGUGCACGGGCGUGCUCACGAUGCACUGGCUUGAACAGCUCGAUUUCGACGCCGGAGACUUCGCGCGCGCGCGGUUCGGCACCCAUCGCGACUUUGGAUUGUACACGGACAGCGAGGCGGAUUACUCAAAGAAUUAUUGGUGGUACUUUUGGGAGGUACCGAUUUUCAUCGCCAUGGGUGUGUGCGGUGGUUUACUCGGCGCUGCGUUCGUGAACUUGAACGUGAAAAUCACGCAGUGGCGCGCCAAGUACAUUCCCGUGACGGAUCGGAGAAAGCGCUUGCUCGAAGUGAUCGCCAUUGCGGGGAUCACGUCGACGCUAUUUUUCUUCUUCAUGUCCGUGUCGCCGUGUAAGGAUAUCCCUCUGCCGUUGCGAGCUGGGACGGCGGACAGUCUCGACGACAUGUCCAAUUCGAGCUUUGAGUACGGGGUGGAGACGAGAGACGAGAUUCGCAACGAUUUCUUCAAGCAGCUGUAUUGCCCGGAUGGUCAAUACUCGGUGUACGGGCAAUUAUUUUACAACCCACUGGCGACGUCGUUCAAGUUUUUGCUCCAUCUCGGCGAAGUCGGCGAGUUUGGCGGUGACAGUGCGCACCCUUUCCCGAUCGGUGCGUUGAUAUGGUACUUCCUCUUGACGUUCUGUUUGAUGACGGUGACGUACGGCAUCGGAGCCCCGACGGGGCUCUUCGUGCCGUCGCUCGCCGUCGGGGCUUCUUUCGGUCAACUCUGCGGACGCGUGGUGGCACACAUCGCCGCUUCGCGAGGAAGCGAUGUGAAGAUUAACUUGCACGCCUACGCCAUCAUCGGCGCGGCGGCAAAUCUCGGCGGGGCGACGAGAAUGACCAUUUCGAUCACCGUUUUAGUCAUGGAAACGACGGGUUCGAUGCAGUUAAUUAUUCCACUCAUGUUGACGAUUUUCACCGCCAAGGCCGUGGGUGAUCGAUACGGGCACGGCAUUUACGACACGCACAUCAAAAUCCGCGGAGCGCCGUUCUUGGAAGAGCCCGAGCUCGCUGGACCGACUGGAGACAAGCUUCGAGUGAACGAAGUCAUGAGCGACGAGUUGGUGACGCUUCAGCCCGUGAUGCGCGUGAAGGAUUUGCUACAGAUCCUCACUCAAACCCCGCACGGGGCGUAUCCAGUGACCGAACACCCGCCCGCGUACGCGGGCGAAGAUUUCGAGCUGCACGGCUCCAUCACGAGGAAUCUGUUGCUCAAGAUGCUCCUGCACAGAAUUUCCUUCGUCGACGCGAGCGGCGGUGGACGCGUGGGCGGAGACAAUCUGUUCACCAACCCGCGCGAACGCGACGAUUUGCUCGAGCAAUUGAAGCAAAUUCCGUUCAAAGUGCCGAGCGCGCGCGAGGUGGCCCAUCGCGUGUCGGAAGAAGACAUUCGCACGAUGUCCGUCGACUUGCGAAGUUUCAUGCAGCGCCACCCGUUCCUCGUGCACGCCGACGCGCGCGUCAGCCGCGCCUACCGUCAAUUCCGAACGAUGGGUUUGCGUCACAUGUACGUCAUGCCUUCCCGCCCUCGCGUCGUCGGCUUGCUCACGCGCAAAGACAUCAUUCAAGAGCGCACGAGCCUGACGUUGGGCUUGUACGCGCGCGGCUUGGCGCGUCCGCCCGCGCGACCCGUCUCCCGCACGUCGGAGCCCCCCCACGACGCUCGCGACGCCGCCGUCGCGUCCACCGCCACCGCCCUCACCCCGAGCGCCGCCAUCGACGACGACGACGACGCCAAGCUCCCCUACAUUCCCUACUACGCCAACAACUCGGCGACGACGGACGACGGCGACGACGCCGCCGCGAGCGCUCGCGCGUCCCACGCUUCCGACCUCGACGCCGCGCGCGCGUCCAACCCAUUCAUCGACGCCGCGUCGACGCUCCGUCGUCGAUGAGCGUCGAGAAUAGCGCGCAUCAGCAUCGUUGUAACGCCGCGCGUUCGC